CCCUCCCUCCUCCUCUGAGCUAGCUUCUUCGGCCAGUCGCGCGUGGGCUGAGACCCUAGGCGGGUGUUGCGAAGGCUUGUUUGCUUGAGCCGGGUGCCCGCCGCGGUCCGGAGUUCCUUCCUCGCAGGUGAGGGGGUUCAGACCCCCUGCCUAAGGUGAAUGGGCUGUCGCGUGCGCUCCUAAGGGCUGGCUGGGGAGCUCGGGGACCGGGGCCGCGACCAUGAACUCACCCGUGGACCCCGGCGCUAGACAAGCUCUGAAGAAGAAGCCGCCGGAGCGGACCCCGGAGGAUUUAAACACUAUUUACUCUUAUCUUCAUGGAAUGGAAAUAUUAUCAAACCUCAGAGAACAUCAGCUUAGAUUAAUGUCUGCAAGAGCACGCUAUGAGAGAUACAGUGGCAAUCAAAUUCUUUUUUGUUCAGAAACUAUUGCCAGAUGUUGGUACAUCCUGCUUUCUGGAUCUGUGCUUAUGAAAGACUCCAUGGUCUUGCCUCCUUGCAGUUUUGGUAAGCAGUUUGGAGGAAAAAGAGGAUGUGAUUGUCUUGUAUUAGAGCCUUCAGAAAUGAUUGUGGUAGAGAAUUCCAAAGAUAAUGAAGAUAAUAUUCUCCAAAGAGAAAUUCCCGCCAGGCAGUCUCGACGAAGGUUUCGGAAAGUUAACUAUAAAGGAGAGCGCCAAACCAUUACUGAUGAUGUGGACAUCAACAGUUACCUUUCUCUUCCAGCCGAUCUUACGAAGAUGCAUAUCACAGACAACCCUCAUCCACAGGUGACUCACGUGUCUUCCAGUCAGUCUGGUUGUAGCAUCGCUAGUGACUCUGGAAGCAGCAGUUUAUCUGAUAUCUAUCAGGCUACAGAAAGUGAGGUAGGAGAUGUAGAUUUAACACGUCUUCCAGAAGGACCUGUUGAUUCUGAAGAUGAAGAGGAGGAAGAUGAAGAGAUUGAUCGAACAGACCCACUGCAGGGGCGAGAUCUUGUUCGAGAAUGUCUUGAAAAAGAACCUGCAGACAAAACUGAUGAUGACAUUGAACAAUUACUGGAGUUUAUGCACCAGCUCCCUGCUUUUGCAAACAUGACCAUGAGUGUAAGGAGAGAACUCUGCUCAGUGAUGAUUUUUGAAGUGGUAGAGCAGGCUGGAGCUAUUAUUCUUGAAGAUGGACAAGAGCUUGACUCAUGGUAUGUUAUUUUAAAUGGCACUGUAGAAAUCAGCCAUUCAGAUGGAAAAGUUGAAAAUCUCUUUAUGGGAAAUAGUUUUGGAAUUACUCCCACUCUGGAUAAGCAGUACAUGCAUGGAGUUGUUAGGACUAAAGUAGAUGAUUGCCAGUUUGUCUGCAUAGCCCAGCAGGAUUAUUGGAGAAUUUUAAAUCAUGUGGAAAAAAAUACCCAUAAAGUUGAAGAAGAGGGAGAAAUUGUUAUGGUGCAUGAGCACCGUGAACUAGAUCGGAGUGGAACCAGGAAAGGACACAUUGUAAUCAAGGCAACACCUGAGCGUCUCAUCAUGCAUUUAAUAGAAGAACAUUCCAUUGUGGACCCAACUUACAUAGAAGAUUUUCUAUUAACUUAUAGGACAUUUCUUGAAAGUCCUUUGGAUGUUGGGAUCAAACUAUUGGAAUGGUUUAGAAUUGACAGUUUAAGAGAUAAGGUAACACGGAUUGUUUUAUUAUGGGUAAAUAAUCAUUUUAAUGAUUUUGAAGGUGAUCCUGCUAUGACUCGAUUUCUGGAGGAAUUUGAAAAAAAUCUGGAAGAUACAAAAAUGAAUGGUCAUCUCCGGUUAUUGAAUAUUGCAUGUGCUGCAAAGGCUAAGUGGAGACAAGUUGUGCUGCAAAAAGCCUCCCGGGAGUCCCCUCUGCAUUUCAGUCUUAAUGGAGGAAGUGAGAAGGGAUUUGGUAUUUUUGUUGAAGGAGUAGAACCUAAUAGCAAAGCUGCUGAUGCAGGACUGAAACGUGGUGAUCAGAUAAUGGAAGUAAAUGGACAAAACUUCGAGAAUAUUACAUUUGUGAAGGCCGUUGAAAUUUUGAGGAAUAAUACUCAUCUUGCACUUACUGUAAAGACCAACAUUUUUGUGUUCAAAGAGUUACUUAGUAGGACUGAACAAGAAAAAUCUGGUGUUCCUCACAUUCCAAAAAUUGCUGAAAAAAAAAGUAAUCGCCAUUCAAUCCAGGAUGUACCAGGAGAUAUUGAGCAGGCACCACAGGAGAAAGGAAAUAAGAAAGUAAAAGCAAAUACUGUUUCAGGUGGAAGAAACAAAAUCAGGAAAAUUUUGGAUAAAACACGAUUUAGUAUCUUGCCUCCCAAACUAUUUAGUGAUGGAGGCCUGAGCCAAUCACAAGACGACAGCAUUGUGGGAACAAGACACUGUAGACACAGUCUGGCUAUAAUGCCCAUUCCUGGAACACUGUCAUCUAGCAGCCCGGAUCUUCUUCAGCCUACUACCAGCAUGUUGGAUUUUUCCAAUCCUUCAGAUAUUCCUGAUCAAGUUAUAAGAGUUUUUAAAGCAGAUCAACAAAGUUGCUACAUUAUCAUCAGUAAAGACUCUACAGCUAAAGAAGUUGUUUGUCAUGCUGUUCAUGAAUUUGGUUUGACUGGUGCAUCUGACACAUAUUCUCUCUGUGAAGUUUCUGUUACUCCUGAGGGUGUCAUAAAACAGAGAAGACUCCCGGACCAAUUUUCCAAAUUAGCUGAUAGAAUUCAGCUCAAUGGAAGGUAUUAUUUAAAAAAUAACAUGGAAACAGAGACCUUAUGUUCAGAUGAAGAUGCUCAAGAACUAGUUAAGGAAAGCCAGCUAUCCAUGCUGCAGCUCAGUACCGUGGAGCUGGCCACUCAGCUGUCAAUGAGGGACUUUGAUUUGUUUCGUAAUAUUGAGCCUACCGAAUACAUUGAUGACCUUUUUAAGUUAAAUUCCAAAACAGGAAAUACUCACUUGAAAGAGUUUGAGAACAUUGUAAACCAAGAGACAUUCUGGGUUGCCUCAGAGGUCUUAACCGAAUCGAAUCAGCUUAAACGAAUGAAGAUUAUUAAGCAUUUUAUUAAAAUUGCACUUCAUUGUCGAGAAUGUAAGAACUUCAAUUCCAUGUUUGCAAUAAUAAGUGGCUUGAACCUGGCAUCUGUAGCACGACUCAAAGGUACUUGGGAAAAGUUACCAAGCAAGUAUGAGAAACACCUGCAAGAUCUGCAAGACCUUUUUGAUCCAUCUAGAAACAUGGCCAAGUAUAGAAAUAUUCUUAGUAGUCAAAGCAUGCAGCCUCCAAUUAUUCCACUCUUCCCCGUUGUCAAGAAAGAUAUGACAUUUCUACAUGAAGGAAAUGACUCCAAAGUAGAUGGUUUAGUAAAUUUUGAGAAGCUAAGAAUGAUUGCCAAGGAAAUCCGUCAAGUUGUUAGGAUGACUUCUGCUAACAUGGACCCAGCUAUGAUGUUCCGACAGAGCCCCUUGUUGUGGUCUCCAUAUUCUUACAGGUCGUUGAGUCAAGGCAGUACAAACUCAAACAUGCUAGAUGUUCAGGGGGGUGCUCACAAAAAAAGAGCACGCCGUAGCUCUCUGCUUAACGCUAAGAAGCUAUAUGAGGACGCCCAGAUGGCAAGGAAGGUGAAGCAGUAUCUUUCCAGUCUGGAUGUGGAGACAGAUGAGGAGAAGUUCCAAAUGAUGUCAUUGCAGUUGGAGCCUGCGUAUGGUACCUUGACCAAGAAUUUAACUGAAAAAAGAUUAGCCAAAUCAUCAGAAAUGUCUCCAGCGCCUCUGAGGUCAGCUGGCCAAACAGCUAAAGCCCAUCUACAUCAGCCCCACAGAGUAAGCCAGGUGCUUCAAGUGCCAGCUGUUAAUUUGCACCCCGCCAGGAAGAAGGGGCAAUCAAGAGACCCUGUCACAUUGAGUACAAGUUCACCUCAGAAAGUUUUAGGAACAACUGAAGAAAUGAGUGGUAAGAAACAUUCGGAAGACACUGUUUCCAUGACAUCAUCCUUACAUUCCAGUCCUCCUGGAUCUCCUCAAGGUUCCCCACGCAAAGGUUAUACACUUAUACCAUCAGCUAAAUUGGACAACUUGUCUGACUCCAGCCAUAGUGAGAUUUCUUCACGGUCCAGCAUUGUGAGCAAUUGUUCUGUUGACUCCAUGUCUGCAGCUCUGCAGGACGAACGGUGUUCCUCCCAGGUUGCGGCAGUCCCUGAAUCCACCGGGCUGUUGGAAAGGACAGAGCACUCCUCAGGGACAGGAGACCAUAGUCAGCUUGGCCCCGGGUGGACACUCUCAAAGCCAUCUCCAAUCAAGAGUUUAGCUGUCUCAUCUUCUAUGAGCAAUGAAGAGAUUUCUCAUGAGCACAUCAUUAUAGAAGCAGGCGAUAGUGGUCGUGGAAGUUGGACUUCCUGCUCAAGCAGUUCCCAUGACAACUUCCAAAGCCUUCCAAACACAAAAGGCUGGGAUUUCCUGAACUCCUAUCGACAUACCCAUUUGGAUGGCCCCAUUGCUGAAGUUGAACCCACUGACUGUGAGCCCUAUUCCUGUCCUAAAAGCUGCUCCAGAACUUGUGGUCAGUGUAAAGGAAGCCUAGAGACUAACCAGAUGAGACAGAGUUGGGCCUCCUCCAGUUCUCUUUCUGACACGUACGAACCAAAUUAUGGGACAGUUAAGCGGAGGGUGUUGGAGAGCACCGCCACUGAGUCGUCUGAAGGCUUGGACCCCAAGGAUGGCGCUGACCCAGUUUAUAAAACUAUUACUUCAAGUACAGAAAAGGGCUUGAUUGUGUACUGUGUCACCUCACCCAAGAAGGAGGAUAGGUAUAGGGAGCCACCUCCUACUCCUCCAGGAUACAUGGGGAUUUCUUUAGCGGACCUAAAGGAAGGACCCUACCUACACCUAAAACCUCCAGAUUACAGUGUGGCAGUGCAGAGGUCAAAGAUGAUGCAUAACAGCCUGUCUAGACUGCCAUCAGCUCCUCUCAGUAGCAACCCCAUGGCCUGUGUUCCAUCGAAGAUUGUAACUCAGCCUCAGAGGCGUAGUUUGCAGCCAUCCCAUCCUAAACUAGCAGAUGUGACUGAUGCAGAUAGCGAAGCAGACGAAAAUGAACAGGUGUCAGCAGUCUAGCCUUUGGAGGCUCAUUUGACGCCUGAAAAGUCCUGGAGGAAGGAGUGGGCAGAGCCACCUCAUGGUUCCACCGGCCAGCAGAUAGCACGCUGCCGCUGCUGCUGCCGCAACCAGAGGUUCCAUUCCCCAUCCUCUGAGCCGCGAUGAGCCUGCGCCUGCCUCCUCUCAUUCAUCCCUGCAGAUGCGCCGUCUCCGCAGCGAUGGAGGUCGUGCCUGGAUACGUCUUCACUUUGCACACCAGACCUGCCUUGGGACCAAGUUACUAGAACAAAUCCAGACUCGGAGUCCUCCUCAUGUAUUAUAAUAUAUCACUAUAGGUUUUCCUUUAACAAGUUAUUUUUAACACGUUAAGCGCCAAGCCUGUUUUGUCUUGUUUUCCGUUUAGCCCGCGAUAUCCGAUUUCACCGAUGUGCUGGCAGCACCAGUGACUGACCAGUCCAGACGGAAAGUAUAGUGUCAGUCACCGGUGACUGGCAUGGUGCUUAACGUGUGAAAAUAGUCGUGGUAGUAUUUUCAAGCCAUAGCUUGGGCUAACAGACAAAUUCAAAAUGUCUGCCAAUAUGGAGGAUAGUCUUGUGUGUUUGAAAAGUAACUUAUUAUUUGAAGUUUUUGUGGGUUUUGUAUUUGGAAGCUCUCAUUCGCUGAUGUUUGUUUGAGACCAUAAAACUGUCUCUGGUCUGACCAGACAGAAGUCGCCUUUAUAGGGUGAUAUGCUUGAUCUGUACAGAACUUUGAGUAUCUAGCACCAGUGCACGUCAGGGCUCAGCCUGAGUGGAAUUGGAUGCCGGUUGCAGUUGAGGCAUAGGAAGAAAAAUACUCAUAUGCUGGUCUCCAUUUGGAAGACCGAAUGAACUGCCACAGGGUUUCUUACCAGUCCUUUGGGGAAGGGAGAGGCAAUCCUAAUUUCCAAUGAAUGAAAUGUUUAUGUGAAAUAAUGUAUACCGAGUCUUUUUGAACUUAAAGUCAUGCUGCAUCUAAUUAAAAGUAUAAAUCCAGUAAAUAGAGAAUGGGUUCUAGAGCAUUCUACUCCAUAGAAACCCAAAACUAAAAGUUUCUCAACUCGAAUAUGGAGUUCUUUUUUAAAGGCUGUGUCAUCCUGGUGGUGGGACCCUGAGGAUGAACUUAGCUCUGGGCAGUGCUUUGCCACACCCUCCCCAUGGCACAGGUUGGGACCCGCUGAUCUCCCAGCUGCCUGCAGUAAAGCUCAUUAGCUCAUGAAGGUAUAUACAGUGGGGCCUUGACUUAUGAGUUUAAUUCGUUCCGAGACCCGAGACCGAGCUCGUUAAGGAGCUCGUUAACUCAAAUUACUCUGUCAACUCAAUGCAAAAAAUCAGCCAAGAGACAGCUGGUAUCUCAAAAAACUCGUUAGUCGGGACACUCAUAAGUCAAGGCCCCACUGUAAUUGGUAGAAAUUUCUGUGAAGGAAACAGGCACUAGAAUUAUGGAAAUGAAUGAUCUCUCUCUUCCCAUUCUAGCCUAAGACAGAAAGGAAAUAUAUUUUUUAAUAGCCCGCUGGGCAUGGCACUCCUAGGUAUUUAAGUUUUAAUGAUUGUUUAGUGGACAAGCUAGCCUUUCCACAUUUUUACAAAUAAAAUAUAAUGUGUUCUCUAUCUUACAUUUAAAUUUUUAAAUUUGUUUUUUAGUGUAAAGGCAAAUGAGAACUUAAUAAACUUCUGUGGCUACCAAAAAAAAAAAAAAAAAAAAAAAAAAAACCAAAGCCAUUGACGUGCACUACCCAGAUCCGCUUGGAGCCAAAUGGGUUUACCUCUGUGUGCUGGUCCACACGCACAUGUAGAGAGUUUAGUGUUUGUGACUUCCUUUCAGUGUGUGCCCGUUGUUCCCAGCCGUGCGUCCCUGUCUCUGUCCCUGCGUUCUGCCUCUCCCCUGCAGUUUAAAAUCAUAAGUCAGUUCCAAGUGUAAAUAGCAGUAGUCCAUCUUUUCCAUCUAAGCCAGUGGUUCUCAACCUUCCUAAUGCCGCGACCCUUUAAUACAGUUCCUCAUGUUGUGGUGACCCCCAACCAUAAAAUUAUUUUCACUGCUACUUCAUAACUGUAAUUUUGCUACUGUUAUGAAUUGUAAUGUAAAUAUCUGAUAUGCAGGAUGUAUUUUCAUUGUUCGCGACCCACAGGUCGAGAACCGCUGCAAGCAAUGUUUCUUCAUUUUAGGAAAGACAGCAUGUCUGAAAAGUUCCCCUGGGCAAAAUAAUGUUAAUCUGAAACAUAAGCCUUAGAAAUGAACCCCAGGUAUGUUAGAAUGAGGCUAAUUGGCACCAUAGCUUUCUGGGUCCAUUGAAAUGGAAAGUAGCCCAGACCAAAAUCCUGGUUUGAAAGUCACACUGUUGUGAUUUGACCUGUAAACAGACAUUCUCUGAUCAGAUAUUUCCUCCACUGAUUUGCUUCAUUGUUUUCAUGUCCAAAGUGAAAUAUAUUUUUGCUAUAACCAUCUUUUCAUCAGGUUUGGGUAUUCUCACAUUUUACAUUCAUUACCCUGGGAAAAUGUGCCCUUUGCACAUUGUCUGUUUAUUUAGCGGGUCUUGCAAUCCAGUGGGAGCUUUACACACCUUUGUCCUGGUGUCAGUAACAUCUUGCACAGAGAGUUGGAGGCUUGUGGUUUUGUUCUUGCACCUUGUAGCUGCCUUUGUUUCAUCGAAGCUUCAACUGUGUUUGGAUCAGCUGAUCACAUUGAUCAGGAACUAAAGCCAAAUGCUUUGUAGUGUGAUAUGAAUGUAUCCCUUAAAAAAUCAUGGAGUUUUGAUUUUUACAUUUUAUUUUAGGAUACAUUCCUGCCUUCUCGUCAUAUGACAAGAACAAGAGAAGCCUUAACCUGUAUUUGAUUCAAUUCUAAAUCCCCAUUUGCUUUUUAUUUUAUUUUAUAAAUUUAUAACUUUAUAAUAAAGAGACUCAUGCCUUCAUCCCACCACAAUUCUGAAUUUGCCAGGACUAAUAACUAAAGCAGUAAAUCCAUGGUGCAAACUUUUGCCAAAUUAGUUUCAGCAUAGGCUCUUCGUGAAGAAAGAUUUGCAGAAUUAGUAAAUCCAAUACAUACUUCCAUAAAAGUUGAUUGUAAUUAAUAGAUUUUUGCUCCCUCCAAAUGAUUACUUUCAGAAUGAUUUUAGGGAGAGAAAGCCUUAAGCGGUUUUUCAUAAGGGUGAUAAGUCAUGUUGUCACAUCUGCGUAGCCUCCCGGAGGGCCUCCAGGCUGGACGGUGGCAGUGAUCCAGGGGGGUAAACCCAAACAAACCUAAUUUUUAUAAAGUGUUUUCUUCCCGGCAGAAGAACGGGAGGACGUUUCCUUGUGUAUUUAAAACAAGGAUUGUUAUUCUGGUAUAUUUUAAAUUUCUAAAAAAUUAGAUACUCAAGUAUGUGUCAUUUUAGAAUUACCUUAAAAGCUAGAACAAAUGGAGAAAUAAGUCUUCAGAGAAGUGUCACGGGACAUUUUCAGAUUUAAACUUGGACCCCAGUUCAUAUUUAGCUUUCGUUGUGCUUUUUAAAGGCUUUUUUAUUUUUUAUACACAGAAUGCAGUUGUGCUUGAUCUUUCAAAAAUGAAACAUGAACUUCAGCAAGAGACAAAAACAAAACUGCACAGUCAUAAUAGUCUAAUAGCAAUUAUACUGCACAAUUCAGUGAUUGUCAAGUUUCCUGUACCAAGCAAUGUUUGUCUCCUAUUUUGAUACCUCCUAAACUUAUGUCUUUUAGAAAGACGGUGCCUCUGUAUGCUUUUUGUAUUUUUACUGAGUGUAAAUAUUUGUUAUAUUUUUGGUUAAGAGAAUGUAAAAGUACCAUUUAUUAUCAUAUCUACUAAUACAUUGGUGAAAUCAAUAAUCUA